CCGAUUCAGGUUUACACUGCCUGGGCCAGAUUACAACAGGCAACCGAAAAUAUAAGAAAUUCAUAAUUUACUUGUUCACAACCUUAGUGUAGGUGCUACACAUUAAACACCCAUUUUUGUGAAAAGGCGCUUGACUUGUGACGUAUAUUUUAUGAGACAAGAAGUGUCUGUGUUUUGCUUUGCUGUGCAAAGCUGACAUUCGGAGAGGAUGUCUGCGGCCGCUCUUUGCAUGAUCCGCUGUAGAAGACUAAGUACAGCGAGCCCAGGAUUAAAGAAGGUGUUGCUGUGGGGAAAUAUUAGAACAAUUGCAAAGGUGACUGGAGCUGUUGUGCUGGGUGGCUGUGUUUUCAUCACCUAUGAGGUGGUUGCCCUCAACAAGGCUGUGACCAUUGACACCCAGGCCAUACUUCAGGAGAAGCAUAAGUCCUAUAUCUAUCUGAGUGCCAAACCCUUUAAUGAACAGGAGAACAUUGGUACCGGCCUUACAUAUAAGGCACGGAAAGAGCUCCACAAAGCAGCCAGAAGAUUCCUGGAAAUUUCUUCAAAGGUUCUUCUUAGACCAUUGGACGAGCACCUGAGUCAUCUGGAUGCGGACCCGCACGAGUGUGCCCUAUGGGUGUUACUGAAGAGGGUGCGCUCAACCAACAGGGCUGUCCGGCUGCAGGCUGUUCAGGACCUGGCAGAGAACCCACACUGGCAGGAUUACCAGUACAGAACGGCAGCCCAGGCCAUCGAUCACCGCACAGCCAUCGGCCUGGCCCGGACUCCGCAGAUGGACCUUCGCUUUUUCCUGUCCCCACCGCUGCUGCCAGAGGUGGAAGACGGCUUCUCGGUGGAGGAUGGGCUGAGACAGCUGCUGGCGUCCCUGCCACAGUCGGAGGUCGACCAGUGCGUCCAGUACUUCACCUCACUUGCUCUUAGGGAGAGCAGCCAGUCACUAGCUGCACAGAGGGGAGGCUUGUGGUGUUUUGGAGGGAACGGGCUGCCCUAUGCCCAAAGCCUGACCUCAGUGCCUUCAGAGAAGGUGGAGUCAUUCUGUUUGCAGGCCCUGGUGCAGCACUCAAAGGUCCCAAGUCACUGUGCUCACAUAGUUGCCAAUAGUGGCCUGCAGCUCUUACAGAGGAUAUAUCAGCUUCGUCAAGACUCCCAGAAGAUCCAGAGGAACAUCGUUCGUAUCAUCGGAAACCUGGCUUUGAAUGACAAUCUGCACAUGGCCAUAGUGCAGUCAGGGUGGGUGUCCGUGUUAGCAGAGAUGAUGCAGUCACCACACAUCAUGCAGGCGUCCCAUGCAGCCAGGGCCUUGGCCAACCUGGACCGGGACGCCGUGAAGGAGAAAUACCAGGACGGUGUCUACGUUUUACACCCACACUGUCGCACCAGCCAGCCAGUAAAGGCCGAUGUCCUUUUUGUACAUGGACUACUGGGGGCAGCUUUCAAGACCUGGCGGCAACAGGACUGUGAUUUAACAGAAGAUGAAAAAGCUACAGGUGUCAGAGAGGACUACACCGAGUGCUGGCCUAAGUCAUGGCUGGCUGCGGAUUGUCCCAACCUCCGCGUCCUGUCAGUGGAGUACGACACCCACCUGAGCGACUGGCGGGCCAAGUGUCCUGUGGAAAACCAAAGGAAAUCUUUAGCCUACAGGAGUCGUGAGCUACUGGAAAAGCUGAAGACAGCGGGUGUUGGAGAUAAGCCUUUGGUUUGGGUGGCACAUAGUAUGGGAGGUUUGCUUGUGAAAAAGAUGCUCCUUGAUGCCUCAAAAGACCCUGACAUGAGGCCCCUGAUAAAGAACACCAAGGGGAUUAUGUUUUAUAGUGUUCCUCACCAAGGGACAUUUAUGGCUGAAUAUUCUGUUAAUGUUCGAUACUUGCUCUUCCCCUCCAUAGAAGUCAAGGAGCUCUGUCGAGAUUCGCCAGCACUUCGUGAGCUUAAUGAAAACUUCCUGAACAUGGCCAGAGACAGAGAUUUCAAAGUUCUGAGCUUUGCAGAAACACGCCCCACCACUAUUGGCCCCAUGAUCAAGAUGGUGGUAGUACCAGUACAGUCAGCAGAUCUAGGGAUUGGUGACUUCAUUCAGGUGGAUGUUGACCAUCUUAACAUAUGCAAGCCUGAGAAAAAGGAUUCUUUUCUUUACAAGCGGAGUUUGCAGUUUAUCCAGGAUACGCUGGGAGGCCAAAUCAUCCACUGACAUUACACUAAAUGUAAUCACUGUUAGGACAAAACCCUCACAUUUUAGCCAACCUUUCUAAAUACUGCCAUUCAUACAGUACACUGAAGACGUAUAAACAAGACUUCUACUGUAAGAUGUAUUUUUGGAAUUUACUCUGCGAAUCCAUGAUAGUCCAUUUGGUUUGAAUGUCAUGGUGUUUUAACAGAUACCAGUUUCAAGCUCGUCAUUUGCAGAGCAACAGCUUUCUUUGUGAGAGUCGAGAUCAUUUUAAGAAAGUUAACACGUGAGUGUCAUUAAAAAAAAAAAAAAAAAAAAAACAGCAGUUGCUAUCACAUUUUAGAGAUUGUGCUGCGGUUAAUAUUGUAUGUAUAUACUGUGGUUUGGUUAGUCUCGCUUUUCCAAAGUUGGUGCCCAUAGAUGUAGAACAUUUCAGAUCACAUUUGGUGUACUUUCAACAAUGGUGGCACUCAUCUGAGGUGAAUGCAAUAUGCUUUUUAUUAUAAUUUAUUCUGCAUCAGUACGUGAAGAGUAUGUAUUUAUAUUAAUAUACCCAGCAAUUGCCUUGUUUAAAACCACAUUUUCUAAUUUUCUGACUCCUACCUCAGGUGCACUUUAAUGCAUUCAGAAAAAGUACAUUUUAACAGUAUUGAACUGGAGGGAGUAAUAUGCACACUUCCAUUUCCAAUAAUAACUUAACUAUUGUUUUUAUUUCUAAUUUUGAGUUACAUUUGAAAGUAUCCCUCAGACUUGAAUAUAAAUAUUAAAUUGUAUUGAAACCGCAGGGAUUAUGUAUUUUUUGUGCACUAAAUAAACAGGCUGGAACUCAAACGGACGAGGUGCUUGUUUCUUGCCAAAACUGGAACAACGUUGUUAUGUAUGUCAUGAACUAACUAGCUGUAGCUAUAUCCAUUUAUUUAUGCACCAACUAAUGUUUUUUCA